AUGAAACUCUCUCAGCUUAUCCCUAUCUCCAUCGCCGCUGGCUUGUUGGACUCUGCCAGUGCUCGCAGUCACAGUCCUGGUGGGCGGUCUUUGGGCACCACAUCAAGUCUCAUCGCCACGGAAUAUGGUACUGUGUUUGAUGUUCCAGUGACCAUCGGCAGCCAAACCUUUAUGCUCCUUGUUGACACAGGUAGCAGUGACACAUACGUUAUGCAAACCGGCUACACCUGUGUCAACAGUAGCAGCAACAUGAUUAUUUCGGAAGCAGAUUGCGAAUAUUCAAACAAGACCUAUCAUAAGUCUGAAACCUAUCGAAAAGUCCAUGGCGAGUUCUUUGGAGUCGAAUAUGGAGCAGGACUCGCAAGUGGUCUCAUGGCCUACGAGCAAGUCUCCAUGGGCAACAUCACCGUGGACAGCCAGAAAGUCGGCAUUGCAAAUGACUCCAAUCCUAUGGGUGAUGGAGUGAACAGUGGACUGCUCGGCUUGGCUUAUCCAUCUCUCACAUCAGCCCACCCGUUGAAUGACACCUCGAACUCGAGCUACUGGGAGAACCGUCUGGUCUACAAUCCUCUCCUGUUCACAAUGCACGAUGAAGGUCUCAUCGACCCCUACUUCAGCCUUGCACUGGCACACACACCUCAGAAUGAGUCCACUUCAUUCGGUGGCUACAUGACACUUGGUGGUCUCCCUCCUGUUCCUCACAGCUCGCACUUUUCAACCGUCCCCGUUGAGAUUACCUCUGAGAUUCCAUUGUGGUACACAUCCGGAAAGAAAGUUCGAUCUUACUGGUCUAUGACUGUCAGCAACGUUACUUUUGGCUCAUCGUUGAAUAACAUGACUACCAACUCCACCUCUUUCCAAGCCUUUGUCGACUCGGGAAAUUAUAUCUCAUACCUUCCUAGCGCUAUCGUUGACCCCAUCAACGCUCUCUUCUCUCCACCAGCAGUUUACGACUCUGACCUUGAGCUGUACGUUGUCGACUGUGCUGCAAAGGCCCCAGAGUUUGGUAUCUAUCUCGGUGACCAAUUGUUCUUCCACAACGGCUCAGACCUUAUCUACCAAACUGGCGAUGGAUUCUGCGUCUCAAGCUUAGGCUCUUCAGCCGAUGUGUCACUUGAGGGUAUCACAUUGAAUAUCAUUGGAGUUCCUUUCCUGAAGAACGUUGUUGCUGUCUUCAACUUUGGAAAUGAUGAGAUGCGAUUUGCUAAGAAAUUCAACUGA